UUAAAAACCCCCAAAAAUGGGAAUUCAUUUAGAAAGAUCCGCCGUCUCUAGCACACUGCACACCUUCUUCCAUUCCUUAACGUUCCAUGGUUAGUACCGCGCUUCUUGACAUUGUAAAUCCCCCAAUUUCCAUAUCAGAUCACCGUGCAGUGCAAUACACGGAUAUCUGCCUCUCCUUUUACUACCUACCAUGAGUAUAUUCAAUUUUGAUAUUGCACACAGAAACAAAGAGCUUCUUCUGCUAAGUUAACAACUAUUCGGAUGAGGGAAGACAAUAAUGUUGAGUACGUAGGUUUGGAGGAUGGUGUUUCUCCCAAGUUACAAAACUUCAAUAAGGUUUCAAUUAUACCUCUUGUUUUCCUGAUAUUUUAUGAGGUCUCUGGUGGACCUUUUGGAGUUGAAGAUAGUGUCCAGGCUGCUGGUCCUCUUUUAGCCUUGCUUGGCUUUCUACUUUUCCCAUUGGUAUGGAGUGUACCAGAAGCCCUAAUAACUGCAGAAUUGGGUACCAUGUUCCCUGAGAAUGGAGGUUACGUGGUUUGGGUUUCAUCGGCAUUGGGUCCUUACUGGGGAUUCCAGCAAGGGUGGAUGAAGUGGCUAAGUGGAGUUAUUGACAAUGCGCUUUAUCCUGUUUUAUUUCUAGAUUAUCUGAAAUCUGGUAUACCAAUUCUAGCAGACGGUUUCCCUCGGAUUAUGGCAGUGCUUGUGCUGACAUUAAUGCUCACUUACAUGAACUACCGGGGUAUGACCAUAGUUGGAUGGGUUGCUAUAUUGUUAGGGGUGUUCUCUCUACUUCCUUUCUUGUUUAUGGGAGUUAUAGCAAUUCCUGAAUUGGAACCUUCAAGAUGGUUUGUGCUGGAUUUGAACAAUGUGGAUUGGGGAUUAUUCUUAAAUACUCUGUUCUGGAAUUUAAAUUAUUGGGAUUCAAUCAGUACUCUAGCUGGUGAGGUUGAAAAUCCUGGUGGAACACUCCCCAAGGCUCUAUUCUAUGCCCUUAUAUUGGUUGUACUCGGAUACUUUUUUCCCCUUCUCAUUGGCACGGGAGCUGUCCCCCUUGAUCGUGAGCUGUGGAGUGAUGGGUAUUUCUCCGACAUAGCAAACAUCCUUGGUGGGGUAUGGUUGAGACUUUGGAUUCAAGGGGCUUCUGCUCUAUCAAACAUGGGGAUGUUUGUGGCUGAGAUGAGCAGUGAUUCAUUUCAACUUCUCGGGAUGGCUGAAUGCGGGAUGCUUCCUGAAUGUUUUUCCAAGAGGUCUCGCUAUGGAACUCCUCUUCUUGGGAUUUUGUUUUCCGCAUCUGGUGUGAUAUUGCUUUCGUGGCUUAGCUUUCAGGAGAUUGUUGCCGCGGAGAACUUCCUUUACUGUUUUGGAAUGAUAAUGGAAUUCGUAGCUUUCAUCAAGCUAAGAAUUAAGCACCCUGCAGCAUCUCGACCGUACAAGAUUCCCGUAGGUACAUUUGGAUCAAUUCUAUUGUGUAUUCCUCCUAGCCUCUUGAUAUUGGUGGUCCUGGCUAUGGCAUCUUUCAAAGUAAUGGUUCUUAGCCUCUUGGCCAUCGGUAUAGGGCUUGUUCUGCAACCUUGUUUAAGUUACAGUGAGAAAAAAGGAUGGUUCAGAUUCUCCGCAAGUUCUGAUCUCCCGGAUUGGGAUUACAAUAAUCACAGGCCCAUUGAGCCAUAGACUGAACAAUGGAACUUCUAUGUUGAUGGUGCAAGUGAAACUUUUAUUUGUUUCUAGCAUUGUGAUGGUGUUUUCCUUGGCAAUUUAGAUAAUAACCAUUGUUAAUGGUGUAAGUGACGUAUUUAUUUUUUCUGGCAUUCACUUAAAAUUAUUUUC